AUGGCAGACCAACACGAGGUCGAUCUCGAUUCUAUAAUUGACCGGCUGCUCGAGGUCCGAGGCAGCCGGCCCGGAAAGCAAGUCCAGCUCCUCGAGAGCGAGAUUCGCUUCCUGUGCACCAAGGCCCGUGAGAUUUUCAUUUCUCAGCCCAUCCUCCUUGAGUUGGAGGCUCCUAUUAAGAUUUGCGGCGAUAUUCACGGCCAAUACUACGAUCUUCUGCGUUUGUUCGAGUAUGGUGGCUUCCCCCCUGAGGCCAACUACCUGUUCCUGGGCGAUUACGUCGACCGUGGCAAGCAGUCCCUCGAGACAAUCUGCCUGCUCCUCGCCUACAAGAUCAAGUACCCCGAGAACUUCUUCAUUCUGCGUGGCAACCACGAGUGUGCCUCCAUCAACCGUAUCUACGGCUUCUACGAUGAGUGCAAGCGCCGAUACAACAUUAAGCUUUGGAAGACGUUUACGGAUUGCUUCAACUGCUUACCUAUCGCCGCUAUCAUCGACGAGAAGAUAUUCACGAUGCACGGAGGUCUCAGCCCCGAUCUGAACUCGAUGGAGCAGAUUCGUCGCGUCAUGCGCCCCACCGAUAUCCCCGAUUGCGGUCUGCUGUGCGACCUUUUGUGGUCCGAUCCCGAUAAAGAUAUUACUGGCUGGAGCGAAAACGACCGUGGUGUGUCCUUCACAUUUGGUCCCGACGUGGUCUCCCGUUUCCUGCAAAAGCACGACAUGGACCUCAUCUGCCGUGCCCAUCAGGUCGUAGAAGAUGGCUACGAGUUCUUCUCCAAGCGCCAGCUCGUCACUCUGUUCAGUGCCCCCAACUACUGUGGCGAGUUCGACAACGCAGGUGCCAUGAUGAGCGUAGACGAGAGCUUGCUCUGCUCAUUCCAGAUCCUUAAACCUGCUGAGAAGAAACAAAAGUUUGGAAGCCGGCGUUAA